AUGGAAGGAAUGAAAGUUAUAGGAAAGAAUGUUAAAGGAAAGAAAGGAGGUGUUUUGCUAGGGCCAACAUUUUUAGGGCGCAAUGAAACAUUGUUCAAAACUUUAUAUCCCUUGAAACAAUCUACGUUCUUAACAUCAUUGGCGAAAAUAGGAGCUUCAUAUUUUGUGUUCAUCUAUGCAUUGAAAUUGGAUGUAACAAUGACCUUAAAAGCAGCCAAACGUUGUUGGAGGUUUGGUGUGAUUCCCUUUUUGGCAUCUUUUAUUUCUACAUCAAUUCUCUUGAAAAUGUAUACACCAAAUGGUUCUAGUAAAACAGGCUCAGCAUAUUCCAUUCCAAACGUCUUCACAGUUACUAGUUUUGCCGUUGUUUCUCAAGCUUUGACAGAACUCAACCUUAUGAGUACGGAGCUAGGGCAAAUUGCUUUAUCUUCAGCAAUGAUCACUGAAAUGAUGCAAUGGGUUACGAUAACACUACAAAUACAAGUCAAAACUAUGAAGUUUAAAAAUAUCUUUUUUGCGUUCAUUGCCUUGGGUUUAUGUGUCUUAUAUAUUUUAUCCUUCUUUUUCAUUGUAAGACCAAUGGCAAGGUUUAUCAUUCAAAGAACACCAAUUGGAAAACCUUUGAAAGAAAUCUAUGUUGUCUUUGUUCUUUUGGGUGUUCUAAUUAUGGUAGCUAUUAGCGACGCGCUUGGUUUACAUUUUGUUAUAGGACCUAUUCUUUUUGGUUUGGCAAUGCCUAAUGGACCUCCCUUGGCAACAACAAUAGUAGAGAAAAGUGAACUAAUCGUCCAAGAAUUGCUUAUGCCAUUUUUCUUCUCAUACAUUGGCAUAACAACAAAUUUAAAAGGAAUUGCCAAAAAUUGGAAGGUGGUAUUUGUAUUUCAGAGUAUCUUAUUUGUUGGGUUCUUGGCAAAGGUUAUUAAUAAUGAAGUAUACAGCCAGAUGGUUCUAUAUGUGGUGGUGAUGACCGGGAUAUGCAUACCUUUGAUAAAAAACAUGUAUAAGCAUGGCUCUCGCGUGACAAUGGUAAGAAGUAUACAUGACGGGGGAGUGAGGACGAUCCAAAACACUCCUGAAAAUUCAGAGUUCAACAUUAUUUGUUGCAUGCACAAUGAUAACAACGUGCAUAGCAUGAUCGGUUUGUUAGAGGUUUGUAACCCAACACAAAAAAGCCCUUUAUGCGUCCAUGUCAUUCAUCUCACAGAGUUAUUAGGAAAAAGCACACCAAUUCUUCUUCCUAUAAAGAUGAAAAACCAAAAAGCCUUGUCCAUCCAUUACCCUACCAGCAGUCACAUUUUACGUGCUUUUGAGAAUUACUCCAAAAAUUCCGAAGGUCCCGUCACAAUUCAUUCAUAUAUUAAUGUUUCCCCUUACAAUAGCAUGCAUGAAGCCAUUUGUAACCUCGCCGAAGAUAAAUUAGUUCCUUUGCUCAUCAUUCCAUUUCAUGAAAAUGAUAAAAGUACGAGUAGUGACAUUGUUAUAACUUCAAUUCGUGACCUCAGCAUUAAUUUUCAAGCUCGUGCUCAAUGUACAGUGGGAAUAUUAGUGGAUAGAAAUUCGCGAAUAAGUAUGAGUACAACUAAAUUGUCGUUUAAUGUUGCGAUUUUCUUCAUUGGUGGACAAGACGAUAGAGAAGCAUUGGCAUUGGGUAUUAGAAUGUUGGACCGUCCAAAUACGAGUGUCACAUUAUUUUGUUUCAUCGUUCAUAACAAUGAAAACAAUAUUAAUAAUUCAGGUGAUGUUAAAUUUAAAAUUGAUGAUGGUGAAGAAGAAGAUGAAACAUUAGAGAAUAUGUUGGAUGAGAGUUUGAUAGAUGAGUUUAAGGGUAAGAAAUUAAAUAUUGAUAAUGUUGUUUGUCAUGAAAUUGUGGUGGAGGGCUAUACACAGUUGUUAGAAGCACUUCGAGGUUUAGGUAAUGAAAACUAUGAUCUUGUGAUGGUGGGUAAGAGGCAUAAUAUUGGAGAUUUGACUGAUGAAGAAAUGACAAAUUUUAUGGAAAAUGCAAAUUUGUUGGGUGUUUUUGGAGAAAUGUUGUCAUCUACUGAAUUUUGUAAUGGGAAAGUUCCUAUAUUGGUGUUACAAUGUGGUGAGAAAAAGGUAAACCAUUUUGGGAAGUUAUCCUCUCUCGUUAAUGAUGGGUCACAUAGAAAAAAACUCUCACUUAAUGCAUUAUUUUAG